GUCAAGAUGACUGUGAUCACGUGGACACCCGAGUCUCGGUGCGUCCGUUCGAAGGACGCAAUUAAAGCCGUCUGUUUUGGAUCGGAUGCAUGUGAUCAAGUCAAAAGCUUCCCGCGACUUGACUUCCGGAGUUUUGAGGGAGAGAAGACCCAUUGCUCACAUCGGACGUGCAGAAGCGGGUAAAGCGAGUCACAGAUUGGAUUUCGAUGGCCGUCAUCGACAGCUACGUUUCGGAGUAGGAGGCACGUCGACCAGCCUCGAACACUAAGUCAACUUUGGAGUCAUGGAGACGGUAGAAUGAGCUUAUUAAGGGAAGUUUAGGACAAAUGGCUGCUGUAGUCGUCGCGGCUCUCCCAUGCUACCGGUCCCACCACCCGGAGUUCUCCCUACGGAGCCCAAAACCCCGACGGUCAACAAAGGCAUGUCACAGCAAAGGCCGAACCCUUCCUCUCAGAAUCGCUAUAACGACGACACCAGUAUAUAAACUCCCAUCCCACGGCCAAAGUCUUCACUCAUCGACCCAUCUGCAUUCAUCAAAUUCUCUCCCCCGAGAAGAAGGAAGAAGGAGAUCGAGCUCCGGCUUCCGAAGGAGGAGCUGCCAGGUGAGGUAUCCGGCGGCCAGAAGAAUGGAUAGUAGCUACAGAUUGGGAAGCGUCCGGGGAAGCACCCGCGAAAGCUUCGGAGGGAGCAUGCGAGGAAGCAUUCGACGGACGGUUUCGUCGUGGCGGGCUUCUUCCACCGACAUCUUCGGUAGAUCCGGUCGAGAAGAAGACGAUGAGGAGGCCUUGAAGUGGGCUGCCCUCGAGAAACUGCCCACCUACGACCGCAUGAGGAAAGGGAUGAUGACGACGGGAGAAGCCGGGGGCAGACAGGAAGUGGACAUUCAAGACCUGGGCAUUCAGGACAGGAAGAAAUUGUUGGAAAGGUUGGUGAGGACCGCCGAGGAGGACAACGAGAGGUUUCUUCUGAAACUAAGGAAUCGAAUGGAACGGGUCGGAAUCGACAACCCAACCAUCGAGGUCAGGUUCGAGCACCUGAACGUCGAUGCAGAAGCUUAUGUCGGGAAUCGUGGAGUUCCCACCUUUGUCAAUUUCUUCUACAACAAGAUCAUGGGUGUGCUGAGCUACCUUCACAUCCUUCCGAGCGGAAAGCAACCCCUAUCCAUCCUUCAUGACAUUAGUGGGAUCAUUAGACCAUGCAGAAUGACACUGCUUCUAGGGCCCCCAGGCUCUGGGAAAACCACCUUACUGCUAGCCUUAGCAGGAAAGCUCGACUCAACCCUCAAGGUAUCGGGAAGAGUGACUUACAAUGGUCAUGACAUGGAUGAGUUCGUCCCUCAGAGGACCUCGGCUUAUAUCGGGCAGCAUGAUCUUCACAUCGGGGAAAUGACAGUGAGAGAGACUUUGGCUUUCUCUGCAAGAUGCCAAGGAGUCGGAACACGUUAUGAUAUGCUGACGGAGCUAUCGAGAAGAGAAAAGGAAGCAAAUAUCAAGCCAGACCCUGACAUAGAUGUCUACAUGAAGGCAAUAUCCGUAGAAGGCCAGGAAAGUGUGGUUACGGAUUACAUUCUGAAGAUCUUGGGUCUGGACAUAUGUGCUGAUACAAUGGUAGGAGACGCAAUGAUAAGGGGGAUAUCUGGUGGACAGAAGAAGCGCAUUACGACAGGUGAGAUGCUUGUUGGGCCAGCUAAGGCACUUUUCAUGGAUGAAAUCUCUACGGGACUUGACAGCUCCACAACCUACCAGAUUGUCAAUUCCCUUCGUCAAUCAGUCCAUAUCCUCGGUGGAACUGCACUCAUUGCAUUGCUUCAGCCAGCUCCAGAGACAUAUGAGCUGUUCGAUGACAUUGUUCUACUCUCAGAUGGGCAAAUUGUCUAUCAGGGUCCACGAGAGAAUGUUCUACAAUUCUUCGAAGCAAUGGGUUUCAAGUGUCCUGAAAGGAAAGGUGCUGCGGACUUCUUGCAAGAAGUUACAUCAAGGAAGGAUCAGCACCAAUAUUGGGCAAACAAAGAUGAGCCAUAUAGGUAUAUUUCAGUCAAUGAGUUUGCAGAAGCCUUCCAGUCGUUCCAUGCUGGCAGUAAACUAGGAGAGGAGCUCAGCAUUCCAUUUGAUAGGAGACGGAAUCAUCCUGCUGCAUUGACCACCACAACAUACGGGAUUAGCAAGAUGGAAUUGUUGAAAGCUUGCAUUUCAAGGGAGUGGUUGCUGAUGAAGCGGAAUUCCUUUGUUUACAUCUUCAAAGUUGUCCAACUUAUAAUUCUUGGGGCCAUUGCAAUGACGGUCUUCCUUCGCACAAAGAUGCAUCGGAAUUCGGUGGAGGAUGGAGUGAUCUUCCUAGGUGCCAUGUUUCUCGGGCUAGUAACUCAUCUGUUCAAUGGGUUUGCUGAGCUUGCUAUGAGUAUCGCGAAGCUUCCCAUAUUUUACAAACAAAGAGACCUUCGCUUCUAUCCAUCAUGGGCAUACGCACUGCCAACAUGGAUUCUGAAAAUUCCCAUAUCCUUUCUGGAGUGUGCGGUCUGGAUAGGCAUGACAUAUUAUGUCAUUGGUUUCGAUCCAAACAUUGAAAGGUUUUUUCGGCAUUACCUGCUGCUAGUCUUGAUCAGUCAGAUGGCAUCUGGACUCUUCCGGCUCCUUGCUGCUGUUGGGAGGGAGAUGGUUGUCGCAGAUACUUUUGGUUCCUUUGCACAGCUCGUUCUUUUGAUUCUCGGUGGAUUCCUAAUUUCUCGAGAGAAUAUCAAGAAAUGGUGGAUCUGGGGCUACUGGUCAUCUCCUCUGAUGUAUGCUCAAAAUGCCAUCGCAGUGAAUGAAUUCCUAGGGCAUAGCUGGCAAAAAGUUAUUCCAACAGGAAGCAAUGAUACUCUAGGAGUCCAAAUCCUCAAAAAACGUGGAAUAUUUGUUGACUCAAACUGGUACUGGAUUGGUGUGGGUGCAUUGCUUGGCUACAUCUUCAUGUUCAACAUCCUCUUUGUUUUCUUUCUUGACUGGCUUGACCCAUUAGGGAAAGGUCAGGCAGUCAUCUCUGAAGAGGCACUAAGAGAGAAACAAGCAAACAGGACAGGUGAAGGUGUUGAGCCGUCGCUCGCAGGAACUAACUCUCCGAAGCAUGGAACCACCAAAGGAAGAGAGGGUGGAAGGGCCAGACAAAAUGAAAUUUCCACACAGAACAAAAGGAAGGGAAUGAUGCUUCCUUUUGCUCCUCUUUCGAUCACCUUUGACAAUGUCAGAUACUCUGUUGACAUGCCACAGGAAAUGAAAGAUAAGGGCAUCGAAGAUGAUCGUUUAGUGCUACUGAAGGGUGUUAGUGGAGCAUUUAGGCCAGGAGUUCUUACAGCACUGAUGGGUGUAAGCGGAGCAGGAAAAACAACUCUCAUGGAUGUGCUGGCUGGCAGAAAAACUGGUGGAUACAUUGAUGGAAACAUAUGCAUAUCUGGCUACCCCAAGAAACAAGAAACAUUUGCUCGAAUCUCAGGCUACUGUGAACAGAAUGACAUUCACUCUCCGCAUGUUACAGUCUAUGAAUCUCUUCUCUACUCUGCCUGGCUUCGGUUGCCUCCUGAAGUAGACUCCGAAACAAGAAAGAUGUUCAUCGAGGAGGUCAUGGAAUUGGUAGAGCUGACUUCACUGAGGGGCGCACUGGUUGGACUGCCUGGAGUUAAUGGCCUAUCGACUGAACAACGCAAGAGGCUUACAAUUGCCGUUGAGCUUGUUGCCAACCCUUCUAUCAUAUUUAUGGAUGAGCCAACUUCUGGGCUAGAUGCAAGGGCAGCAGCCAUUGUGAUGAGAACAGUGAGGAAUACUGUGGAUACAGGAAGGACGGUUGUGUGCACCAUUCACCAGCCUAGCAUUGAUAUUUUUGAAGCUUUUGAUGAGCUCUUCUUGAUGAAAAGAGGAGGAGAAGAGAUAUAUGUUGGUCCCUUAGGACGUAACUCAUGUCAUCUAAUCAAGUACUUUGAGGGAAUCGAGGGAGUAAGAAAAAUAAGAGAUGGUUAUAAUCCUGCAACAUGGAUGUUGGAGGUCACCACCCUGGCACAGGAGGAAAUUUUAGGUGUUGAUUUUGCUGAAAUAUACAGAAACUCUGACUUGUGCAGGAGAAACAAAACUUUGAUCAGUGAACUUAGUGCACCUCCUCCUGGUUCAAAUGACCUAUUCUUCCCCACCAAGUACUCGCAAUCUUUCCUCACACAGUGCAUGGCUUGCUUGUGGAAGCAGCACAAGUCAUACUGGCGAAAUCCAUCUUAUACUGCCACGAGAAUUUUCUUUACCACCGUCAUUGCAUUCAUAUUUGGAACAAUCUUUUGGAGACUCGGAAAAAAAGUGACAACAAGCCAGGACCUAUUCAACUCCUUGGGCUCCAUGUAUGCCGCAGUUCUCUUCAUUGGAAUACAGAAUGGCCAAACCGUGCAACCAAUUGUUGAUGUAGAGCGAACUGUCUUCUACAGAGAAAAGGCUGCCGGAAUGUAUUCUGCUCUUCCUUAUGCAUUUUCACAGGUUCUGAUUGAGAUUCCACACAUCUUCCUACAGACUGUAAUCUAUGGACUCAUAGUCUACAGCCUGAUUGGUUUCGACUGGACAGUAGAAAAGUUCUUUUGGUAUCUUUUCUUCAUGUUCUUCACUUUCAUGUACUUCACAUACUAUGGGAUGAUGGCAGUUGCCAUGACACCAAACAGUGACAUUGCGGCCAUAGUCUCAACAGCAUUCUAUGCAAUCUGGAACAUAUUUGCUGGUUUUCUAGUUCCUCGACCCAAAAUUCCUGUGUGGUGGAGAUGGUAUUCUUGGGCUUGCCCGGUGGCGUGGACAUUGUACGGACUGGUUGCUUCUCAGUUUGGUGACUACACAUAUAAGAUGGACAACGAUGAGACCGUGCAGGACUUCAUCAGGAGAUUCUUUGGGUUCCGGCAUGACUUCUUGGGUGUUGUAGCUGUUGCAGUGGUCGGGUUCACUGUGUUAUUUGCUUUCGUCUUCGCCUUUUCAAUCAGGGUGUUCAACUUCCAAAGAAGAUGAGAAGGAUACAAAGCAAUUUUUUGAUCCCAAAGAUGCUAAAAAAUGUCUAUAUUAUGAGAUCGAUAUUAAAUAAUUUGUAUGCACGUCUUCUGUAUAGUAGUGCACAGGGCCAUUAUUCUUUCUAUAUGUUCCCUUUCUUUGUCCAUUAGAUAUCUUGUGCUAGGCUACUUGGUCUGUGAAGGAGCAGCUAAGUCCUAAUCUUGUAACUUUUCUUAUCAACAAAAUUUCAGAUUCUGUUGUUUCCUA